ACACAUUGAGCGCUAACGCAUCGCUAGGUUUCCGAUUAAACUCGUGCGUUGGUUACGCAGUCGCGUUUCGCAGUGGUGCAUUCGCGAAGCGCGUAUCUUGUAUAUUCAUCCUUUUUCGCGUGUGCGCCUAGCCAGGCAGGCAUGCAGGCACGCUCAUCAUUCCCUUGAAUUGGCGACGUUUCUGGAUUCCUCUAUCCACAGCCAUAGUCGUCUCCACCCCCCCCCAUCACCCCCCUCGACACUUCCGCGUUUGACACGACCGGGCACGCAGUCGAAGAAGCGAAGUGAAACUUGGCGAGAAAGACGCACAACAAACCUCGCCGGCAGUGGCGACUUUAGUUUCUUCGCGGUGGUAAUUCAGCGAUAAUUUAGGGCUCAGCGAGCGGUAAUUGGACAUCGAGUUUUGUUAGCUAGAGACGUCCACAGAUUCCUCGUGAACGGAGACCUCUGGGCUUCUGGUUGGGUGACUGAGCCGCCGAUGUUAGCUGGUGCAAGGAUGGGUCCCCCGGUGCCCGUGGUUCUCCUCUCCUGCGGUUCCUUCAACCCGAUCACCAACAUGCAUCUUCGCAUGUUCGAGUUGGCUCGCGACCACCUGCAGGCCACAGGACAGUACCGUGUGGUGCAGGGGCUGCUCUCUCCUGUGGGGGAUGAGUAUGGGAAGCCCGGGUUGGUCGCGACCGCUCACCGCAUGGCGAUGGUGCAGAAGGCCGUGGCGACCUCCGGGUGGCUCAGCGCCGACCCAUGGGAGAGCGAGCAGGGCAGCUGGCUUGAAACCGUCAAGAUCCUCAGACACCACCACAACCGCAUCCUGGAGGAGGGGAUUGUGCUGGGCAAAGCUGCCACUUCGGGCGUGACCACGACCAAGCAGGAGGACCUGGUUGACGGAUCCCAUCCUCGUGGCGCCAAACGGAAGCAGAAGUGGGAGAGCGGCGGGUGUGUGGGGAAGAGGGUUAAAACCGUGACAGGGGACGAGCACACGGGCAGCGACAGCGUGGAGCAGCAGCAGCAGGCGGAGUCGGCGGUGGUGGUGACGGAGCCAACGGGCGGCGAGACAGCGCUGGCCGGCCAGCCGCGCGUCAUGCUGCUGUGCGGGGCUGACCUGCUGAAGUCGUUCCAAGUGCCGGGCCUCUGGGACCUGGCCGACGUGGCCGAGAUCGUGGGUCGGUUUGGUAUCGUGUGCGUGUCGCGCUUUGGCUACGACUGCCCGAAGAUUAUCUACGAGUCGGAUCUGCUGUGGAAACACCGCAACUCCAUCCACCUGGUGCAGGAGUGGGUGACCACAGAGCUGAGCUCAACGCACGUGCGCCGCGCGCUCCGCCGCGGUGCCAGCGUGCGCUACCUCGUGCCGGACACGGUGGCCGAGUACAUCUCCCGGCACGGCCUCUACCAGAGCGACGAGGAGGAGGGGAAGGACCGCUUCGCCCUGCUGGCGCCGCUCGCUCGUCUCCGGCAAGACGCCGACGGCGCCGCAGAAACAACCGCUGACGUCGCAAACGACAACGCCGUCGCCGAAACCACGAACCGCACCGCCGGGACGGCCAGCGUCACCGUCACCGGUGUCACCGUCGCUGGCGUCGCCGUCGCCGCCUUGAAAUAACAACGCGCAAAGAAGUUGACACGUUCGUUGAUGAUAACCGCCACGCCAUGCUCGCGCCGGGUGUGGGGCCUUUAAAGAGAAUAAUGUGUAAGAGGCAGCAUUUGUACGAAUGUAUGUGGAGUGACGUGCAAACUCCAAAUAUACAGCAGGCGUCGGGGUCGGAACCGAACCCACGACCUCCUGCGUACCAGGCGAGGUAGCUGUAUAUAAGUAUGUUGAACUUCUUUCGCACCGUACGUGGCCAAACCGUGCUAAAGGUGCCGGGGAAAGGACAACAAACUAAGCACAAAAGGCUGCUCUCAAGGACUGAGUUUUCAAUCUAGUUGAUUUUUAAAUGCAUGGCUCCAGUGGCUUCCUAAUAUGGGAAGGAAGAGCUGUUCCAGACGGCCGUAGAAGCGCAUCUGAAAGCGCGCCAUGCGGUUGACCCGCCCGCCUUUGGUUCGACGGCUAGCCCAAAGCUGCUGCUACUGCGAGGAUGACCGGAGUUCGUGCGAUGUUGGUUUAUGCUCAUUGACGAGAUCGGUGAGGUAUUGUGGUUCACUUGUGGCCAUGCACUGACAGAGAAGUGACCGAGCUGUGUGCGAAUAAACGUACGGUUGCAACCGGUUUCUUACGGGUUACAUCGUUUGGGGCAUCAAGUCAACCAGAGGCUUUGUCCCCUCUACCACCCGACGCGGCCAGACCAGCCUAGUUGCUGUCACGUGGGCUCGCGUGCCAAGCGGCUUCGGGUCUUUUCGGCGAACCAGGCGAUGGGGAUGUAAAGCAAACCACAAAUUUUUUUGGUCAAAGUUUCCGCGACAGCGUCGCUGGAGGUGACAUCGUACAGCGGUGUCGACGUCGCUUUGCUUCGCAAACUCCUUCCUCCAGUCUGCUGGAAAAAAUAACAAAUCGAUUGGCACAAUUGGCCCCCGUGACUUGACAACUUGAUUUUAUUGGCUCUGUCAACAUAUAUACAUUUCACCACGACGAUUUCAUCCCAAGAGUGUGAAUUAGGAAACAUUUCACUGAAUUGUUACAUGAUGUUCCAUUUCACGCGUGAAUAAAUUUGACAAUGUGUGUAAUUGUA